AUGGUGAUAUGCGUGAGUGCUGCUUUAAUGGAAGAUGUUGAUGAGACUCAUUACGCUAAAGCGUUAAAUAAAUGGAAGAGCGUUCAAAAGUAUGUUGAGGUUCGUCCUGGGGCGUUCAUAUUUUAUUGGCUGUACUAUGCCGAUGGAACGAUUGAGGGGGCUGACAAGAAACCUCUCGUGAUAUGGAUACAAGGCGGACCUGGUUUGGCUGCAAGUGGGAUAGCAAAUUUCGCUGAAAUCGGUCCGCUGAAUAUGGACAUGCAACCUCGGAAUCACACGUGGGUGAAUGGGAAAAACUUGCUUUUAAUUGAUCAUCCCGUAGGAACUGGAUUUAGUUAUGUUACAGACAAUUCUUUACUUGUCAAGAGCGAUCGAGUUAUGGCAACCGAUCUCUCAAAAACAAUAAGAGCAAUUUUCCGAACGCAUAAGCAAUUUCGGAAAACACCGUCUUACAUCUUCGGCCAAAGUUACGGAGGGAAAAUCUGCCCUCGUCUCGCAUACUAUUUACACACGGCGAUUGAAAAAAAACGUCUGAAGAUGAACCUCAAAGGCAUAGGAGUUGGAAGUGGCUGGGUAGACCCCAAAGAAAGCAUUUUGACAUAUUCAAAUUAUUUGUAUGCCAUGGGAGCUAUCGACCGUAACACGUAUUUGAAAAUCACAACUAUCGCUAAAAGAAUAGCGGAGUUUAUCGAGAAGAAGGAUUAUGCGACAGCUAACAAAUGGGACAUCUUGUUGCAUUCAACCAUCUCCAAAGAAUCUGGAAUGGAAAUAAAUUUUAACAAUAUCAACCAAGGUAGUCAGUAUGUGACUUUGGCUCUGUUAAACAAGAAGGUGAACUCCUACGUAAAACCGACGCUGGUAAUAGUGAACCAAAGUUUGGAGUGGUCGUACUUAUCCGAGGAAGUAUUUGAUAGUAUGAAUGAAAGCUUCUUUUUACCGUCGACCAGAUUUUUAGAGAUCCUGCUGAAUAAAACUGAUUUGAAUAUUGCUGUUUACAAUGGAAAUUUGGACGUUGUCACCCCUCUGGCAGGAGCUACAAAUUGGGUUCACAAAUUGAGAUGGCAUAGUGCAGAGCAAUUUAGAAAUGCCAAAAGAAUACCAAUAAAUGGACACAGAAAUGGAUUCUUUAAAAAGGCAAAGAGGUUCAGUUUUUGGUGGGUCUUCGGAGCGGGUCAUUGGGUGCCAGAAGACAAUCCUACAGCCAUGGAACAGAUUUUGAAUCACGUGAUGUAUAGUUAA